GGCGCGGGAAGAGGAUGCUGAUGCUGGAAUAAACAUGGCGGCCCGCGGUGCGGGGGUUGCGCUGUCGCGGGCCGCGGUCGUGCUGGGGCUAGUGCUGCUCUGGGCGGGCCCGGUCGGCGCCCGCAUCCAUCACCUCACCCUCAAAGAUGAUGUGAGGCAGAAAGUGCACCUGAAUACCUUUGGCUUCUUCAAGGAUGGUUUCAUGAAAGUCAGUGUCAGCAACCUUUCAUUGAAGCCACCUGUGGGCUCUGAUGACAAGAGCAGCUUAUCAGUGGGGUUCAGUUUGGAUCGAACAAGGAAUGAUGGGUUCUCCACUUACCUGGAUGAAGAAGUGGAUUACUGUAUCUUGAAGAAGAAACCAGAGCCAGAUGUCUCUGUUGUGAUCUUGCUUCUGGACUUCAAAACUCAAGUUGUGAAGGUACGGUUCUCUGCAGAAGCUGCUUCUCUGUUACCUAAAAUUUCAUUCGUGUCUGAGGACAAUGUUACUGCCUUAAGUACUAAGCCGCUGAAGUCUUCCGAACAGAGCAGUGAUUCUGGUAAAGAUCCUGCAGAGACCAACCAAGAAGAUAAGAAGUCCAAACGAAGUACAACCACCUCCCAGAGCAUAGUAGAACAAGAACACCAUGUUCACAAUGACAAAGGAACUUUUUCAUUUCAGUUCUUUUUUAACAUCAGCUCUCAUAACCAAGAAGGUCUCUACAGCCUAUAUUUCCAUAAAUGUGUUGGCAGUGAUGGGCCGACUAAUGAUCAGCAGCUAUUUAGUCUUGAUAUAGAAAUUACGGAAAAGAAUCCUGAAAGCUACCUUUCAGCGGGUGAGAUCCCCCUGCCAAAACUUUACAUUUCCAUGGCUAUGUUCUUCUUCCUAUCUGGGACUGUAUGGAUCCACAUACUUCGUAAACGCAGAAAUGAUGUCUUUAAGAUUCACUGGCUAAUGGCAGCCCUCCCUUUCACAAAAUCUCUGUCCUUAGUCUUCCAUGCGAUCGACUAUCACUACAUUUCUUUUCAGGGAUUUCCUAUUGAAGGCUGGGCUGUUGUUUAUUACAUCACUCACCUACUGAAGGGUGCUCUUCUGUUCAUCACUAUUGCCCUUAUUGGCACAGGCUGGGCUUUCAUUAAACACAUCCUGUCAGAUAAAGACAAAAAAAUUUUCAUGAUUGUCAUCCCACUUCAGGUAUUGGCAAACGUGGCAUAUAUUAUCAUAGAGUCAACAGAAGAGGGGACAACUGAAUACGGACUGUGGAAAGAAAUCCUCUUCCUGGUAGACUUGCUAUGUUGCGGAGCCAUCCUAUUUCCAGUGGUAUGGUCAAUAAGACAUUUACAGGAGGCUUCAGCAACAGAUGGGAAAGCUGCCAUUAACCUAGCAAAGCUGAAGCUUUUCAGACAUUACUAUGUUAUGAUUGUGUGUUACAUUUACUUCACACAGAUCAUUGCAAUUCUCAUAAAGAUUGCUGUUCCGUUCCAGUGGAAAUGGCUGUACCAGCUGUUGGAUGAGAUGGCCACGCUUGUGUUCUUUGUCCUCACUGGGUACAAGUUCCGUCCAGCAUCAGACAACCCUUAUCUACAGCUUUCUCAAGACGAUGAGGAUGACUUGGAGAUGGAAGCUGUGGUGACGACUUCUGGAGUAAUGGAGGGCAUGAAGAAGGUCAAGAAAGUGGUGAAUGGUUCAGCAGAGCCACGGGGCGAGUGGGAAAGCACGGCAUGAUGGACUGGACUAAGGCAGCACUUUCAGAGAAACUUUUUUAAUUUAUUAAUAUUACUCUCUGGAAAGGGAGCAACUAGCACUUCCCAACACUGAAACUGCAGUGUGGGGUGUGUCUAGGGGGAGCAAAGCAGUGCAGAAAUAUAACUAUUCCUCUGAUCAUAAGAAAAUGGGAUCUCUUGGUACCUGCAAGGAGUGUGAAGCUUUCCUAGGGAUUUUGGGUAGCUUAUUCUUUUUUCCCCUUUCUGGAUUGGUUAGGUAUUCUGAACUGUUUGCAGUUGGGUUGUUCAGAAUGUGUAAUACUAAUGUGAAGAGAGACCUUUAGUGUGUAUGUAAAGUAUAUAUUUUAUAUAAUGCGCAUAUAUAUACACACUUGCUAUGUAACAUGUAUGCUGGGAAUUACAAAGCGUGUCAGAAUGUGGGAGAAGAUAAAAGAUGUAAGUAUUCUUUUUUCUUUUUUAAACCCUCCUUUUGGCUUGGACAAAACAUUGCAAAACAAAUGAAUAGAAAAAACUGCAGUUAUUUGAGAGACUAAAUGGGGUAUUGGAUCAGACGAAUUCUGCCACUACUGACAUCAGUGGGAAAGUUGAUAAAGAUCCUCUCGUCUUAUCCACACAGGUAUCCACUUCAAUGUGUCAGGUUUUAAAAUAUAUUGCUACACAGAAAGCAAGUGACUGUUCUCCAUUAAAAGCACUAGCCCAUAGUGCAAUAACUGUUAAUGUAAAUUCUCCACUGUUGGAGUUGCUCUUGAUUCGCACCCACCUGACAAGAAGUACACAAGAAGUGUAAGACUGAUGCUUGCUUUUUAGGGGUCUGCCAUGCUAUCUUAAACAUUUAAAUUCAAGCUGUUACCCAGAGCACUUUGAUCUGCUUUAUAACAUAUUUGCAAGGUAUUUCAAAAGACACUCCUUUCUGGCACAGUAUAAACAGUACCAGAAUCUCCAGUGGAAGUCUGUCUAGCAAAUGUACUGCAGCAAAAGCCUUAGGUUCACUGUUACCCUGAGUUACUUGGCCUCUCUGGGUGGCUACUUGUACCUCUCUGGCUAUGUGUAGGAUUAAUGAUAUUGCUAUUUGAGAUGGGCUGAACUGGUCAAAAUGGUAUUGCUGCCAAAACCAGGUAACUGCAGCUUCCAGUCCUAAACAGUUUUUGUCAGAAAAGAUUAUGACCAGAACACUCAACGUAGGGGAAUAAGGAAGUCUUAACUAUUAGCUGCAAACUUGCAGCGGAGUCUUUAGAGACGUGUUACAAAUGCCAUGUGCGUUUUACCUGUAGUACUCUGCUAUUGUUAGUAAAGCAAGCUGGUGUCCAUAGCUGUAGUAGUAAGGCAUAGCAAAUGAUUGUUAUUUUGGGGGAGGAUGGAAGUGGUUCACUGAUGUAAUGAGGAUAAGCUUUAAGAAAAAUAAAUCAAGUAUAACUCACUGACCCACUGAAGCCUUAAUAUUCACGUAGAGACACUGACGUAUGGUGCUGUCGAGCAAAGUGCUUCUGUCAGUGUGACAGGGAUAGGCAUCGUCACAGAGCUUUGGAUGUGCCAGCAUCUCUUACAAACUCACUUAGGGAUUACUUUUUUGACUGAAGGAGCUACAUCUCUGGGGCACAACUGAUUAGAGGACUAUUAGCCACUAGGGUUUUUUUAUUCUUUAACUUUAGAAGGGGGAUUUUUUUUUUUUUUUUUUGGAACCUUGAGCCACUUCAUUGUUCUUGAACAGGGAUUGUAGAGCUCUUAAAUGAGUAGCCUGUACCAAGACUUGGCUGUGUGAAAAGCAGCAUUGUUUCAGUUGUCACUUCUUUUCCAAGAUAUUGGUUCUAUGCAUCAUGGAAAUGGUAGAAAAGAAUCUACCUGGAACUGGUUUCUCUUCAGAUAAAGCACAAGACUAGCCCUUUUCUCUCAAUAGAGUCCUCGUCUGUGUUUUCCUCCUCAGCUGUAACUGCAUAGUAAUUGCAGCAGUGAUGACUUUACUUUUGCUGUCAUUGUUUUGCAAAGAUACAGUUGUAGUGAAAACAGAAGCCUAGACAACUAGAAAGGCUGUUAGGUGACUUAGGAGCCUUCUAGGCCUUCUGUAUGAGGAAAUAUUCUGCAUAUUAAGUAGCUGAGGUGUGAGAAAUUGGAUUUUAAACAAACAUAGGCAGUCCCAGUUCAUCAUACACUUAAAUACAAUACUUGAAAAACUCAUGUUCUCGCUCUUUGCACUGUUACUCUGUCCCUGGGGAAAUGUCCCUGUCUGCAUCUAGAGGGCUGAAACAGGCUGUAAACUUUGUUCAGAGUAGUCCACUGGAGGCUUGAAGCCUGUCACUGAAGUAUGUAAAGGAUAAGGAUUUGCCGUCAGGAAUAGAAGUGCAGUAACAGUGUUAAUCCAGACACAAUGCAUCUUAAAACCUGUUAAUACCUUUUGCGAAUGAGAUGUGAAACUCGGGGUGUGGCGUUUCACCCAAAAACACGAGGGGCUGUGCUGGGAUCCCAGCGGGGUGAGCUGGUUCCAAACAGCUGCUAUUCCAUACCUCAGCAUCAGUGGAGCUGCCGAUCUGGCAAGUGCUUUUACCUUAGUCUCAGGUUGCUUUUUUUAUAUGCACUUUUUUGUGAAAGUUGCGCAUGGUGUAGGUUUAUCUGCCGAGUCCCUGGCUCACUAGUCAAAGGCCACUUGUUUUGGCGCAAAAAGCCAUGGGAAUACUCCGAAAGUGUUUUAGAAGAGCUGUUUCCAAGUUCAGACCUGAGCUGCAGCAGUCAGCUCUACAACCAACUUCAGAUUGCGCUUGACGCGGGAUGCUAACCAGCAGUACAACAGUCACCAGACAGACCUAAACAUUAGUGAAGAAAACUAGUGCGGAUGUACAAGUCAAACCAGAGUGACAGAAGGUUGUUACUGCAGCCAUUUCCAAAGUACAUUUCCACUUCUUCUGGUGGAAUUCCUUGGAGCAGUCUUGCGGGGUUGUGUGAUGGAUGGGACAGUAGCUGGGAUGUUGGAGUAUGGCAAGGAUGGCUGCAGCUGUGAUCCUCAGGCAGCACAGUGUGUGCUGCACCACAAGGCAUCAAAGGGAGGGCUACUCCCUCCCCCUUCCUCCCAAGGCGAACCCACAUCUGCAUGACUGGCAAGUGCAUGACUAUUGCUAGUAAAAAGUAGCAGCUUAGAGCUCACCAGGCAGGAUAAUCGCAGUGCUUGCCUUUCAGAUGCUGACGGCUGUCUAUCUGGUAGGAAGCCCUGUCUUUCACAGGGAAGGAAAAUAGAAGAGCUGCUUGUGGCUUACACAUCAUUUUGGGACGCAGCCUUACUUUCUGCCUUUUGCUGAAGCGAGCAACUAAACCAAUCACACUGUGAGUACACAGCGGUGUAAUGACAGGAGUCGUGGAAAGGCAGGUCUGGUGCAAUUCAGAAUAAACUGGUUUGAAUGCGUUCACGUAUGUUGCUGCAAUGGAGUACUCUGCACCCUCUGCAGACAAAAAUGAGAUUGGUUCAGUCUUCAGUUGCAAUGCAGGUUAUGCCCCAAUAAAUCCCUAUUGAUGAUGACAUGCAAACGCCACUGAUGCGCUCUUCCUUCCUACUGUAACUGUUCGGCAAUCUGUCUUCCAUAGGAAACCUCCUUGCAGUGCAACUGCCAGACUCUUGCGUUCUUCAGACUUGAAAAUGUUUUCCUUGAUGGUUCAUCAAAAGAUGUACUAAAAGAAAGCAAGACAUAAUGGGGUCAUCUGGAACAUUGCUGCCGCCCGCUCAAAACGUAGCGGUUCAAGUUGAAGAAGCCACAUGCUGUCCUAUUAAGAUGCUCUUUCAUGUUGUCAUCUAACUCAGCACGUCAUGAUCAGUGCAGUGCAUUGUUCAGUGUUUCUCUCCAGCUGAGUGCCCUGUUCCUGGAUUUCCAUGCUGGCAUACCCUGGGAGCAUGUUGUAAAAAUUUGCUGCAUUGCAGUAUUUUGUCUUGGAGCUAGUAAUGUGGAAGAUGUGUAUAUAUUUUUUUUUGUAAGCUAAGUGGACUCUCUAGCGCAAGUGUGUAUCCACCAUGUAUCCUCAAGCACUGUACCAUUCCUUCUGGCCAUGAAAGGGCAUGUCCUAAUCACUCCAGCGUGCACUUUUGGUCUAAGUCCAAUGGAGGACUUUUAGUGUGUUAAGUCUUUUUAUUUUCCUUACAGUGUGCUCCUCUUAGAGAAGAGAAAUGCAGUCUGGCCAGUGACAAUCAAAUUCACAAGAAAGGGUUGGGGUUUUUUGUAGUCUAUUUGAAAAUUGCCCAUCUGCAUUUGAAGCAAAUACUGGGUAUUUCUAUGUUCAGGUAGUAGCGCAGGUACUGAAGGGAAGGAAAUCCUUCCUCCUUCAGUCUACCUGGUUUGUCUCCUUCAGUUUGACCUGUCAUGAUAGCUAACAGACUACUGUUACUUUAAAGCAAAUGUAUUUUUUUAAUUCUGUAUUAUGACUUCCAAUCAUAAAAUGUUUCCCCAUUUUUCACCUUUGUAAAAAGUGCAUGGAGCUGUGGUCUGCAGUAGGUGGAAGGUAACAGUGGUAUUUGAAAUAUAACGAGACUUAGACUGUCUAAAACCUGUGACCUUGUGUGUAACUUCAGAAACCUGAAUGUUUAAUGAAAUCUGAGGUGGUGCUGCCCAGAGGCACUUGAGCAGUGGUUCUUUGUGUUCCCUGGGGUUGAUUUGCUGGAAAAUGUUGUUCUAAAUUGGAUUAAUCUGGCUUUUCUCAUAGCUGCUGGGUAUGAUGCUGGUUUGGGCUUAUUAAUCACUUUUACUUAGCAAUAUUGGGAAGCUGUGUAUUUUCCCCCUUGUAGUUUCUUGUUUGGAUACAGCAACGAUCCUUUAAGAACUGCGCACGAUAUGUACUUGCAAGUGACUGGAACAGGAUUUAAGAAAAAUACUGAGAUACUUAUAUGUAAAGCGAUGGUACUGGAAGAAAGUGGCUGAGAAAAGAGUCACUCCUUGUAGGUUGACUGGCUGAAGAACCCAUUUAUGUUUGGACUGCAGCAAUCCUGUAGAAAGGAUAAUUCUUAAUAAAUAUUUCCCUGUGGGAUUUCA